GUAGUGUAUUGGAGUGGUUUAUGAGAAGAAGAAGGAUUGCAACGAUCUCCAAUAUGUUCACAUGCACACUUGUCAUGUUCUAGUCAUAGAUAUGUUCUAGUUCUGCGUUCUGUUAAUUUCAGUUUCACCGGCUUUUAAUUUUGUUGAUGUCCAGUGCAGGGAGAACACACCUUCUUCAAAAUAACGCUACACCCCUUCAUAGAUGCAGAAGGCAAGGAUGGCAUGGCCUCCACUAGCACUAUCUAUAGCUAUGGCAUGGCAGUGAUGUGAACAGUGAAUCUAGGAUCAAGGAGUACACUUAUAUUACCAGACUGUACUAUACCCGUAACCGUACAGUACAAGUGGUUGGGAUGGAUUGUGAAGAUGUGCAAGCACUAAAAUUAGACCACCACCGCUUGUGUGAAGAGUUGGCCCACUGCAAGGCCGACAAAGAAUUCGUGUGGUCGCUAUGGAAACAGUUGCAAAAGAAGUCUCCUGAUCUGACUGCAGCUGUUGAUAUGGUCACCACAAGAGAAAAGUUAAAGCGAGAACAAGAAGGCAAAGAAAUUGUUCUGUUAAUGUCAGGAAAGGAUGAGGAAAUUUCAUCUCUGAGAAAGAGUAUAGAGGACAGUGUUCAGAAGGAAACUCAUGUCUCAUCGCAACUACAAGCGGCUGAGUCAAAGUAUGUCUCAGCUCUAGAAGAAGUUAAAAGUCUGCAGGCAGCUGUACAACAACAACUGGCGUCCAAUAGAGAGAUGAUGGCAGUAAAUGUCGCUCUGAGGAAGAAAUGUUCCACUCUGGAGAAGUCUGAACAAGACGCAGCAGAUUGUUUGCACAACACAGAGGAAAAACUGUCUGGAGAAGACUCAAUGCUGGCCAAGAGAGUGAGAGCAGUGGAGGCAGAGCUGGCUGAGUCAGAGCAGAGGGUGGCCACUUUAUCUUCUGCUUUGUCUGUGAAUGAAAACAGAUACAAGCAUGUGCAAAAUGAACUUUCUAAAACAAAUAAUAUUAAUCGAGAGCAAAAGGAGAAGCUCAAACUAAGCCAGAAGGAGCUUCAAAAACUGAGGAGCACUCACUGUGAGGAGGAGAAGAGCCAAAGGAAAUCAGAGGUGCGUGAUGACAAAGUGGUGAUGAUGCUUGAGAGAACAGAGGUUGAGCUCUUUGAGACAAAGUCUCAAUUGAAAGUAAAGGCGGAAGAGCUGCAGUGCCUUCGUUGCUCCCAUGAUAAACGUUUGGAGCGAAUGAAGUGGCUAAAGACAAACUACAACCUGGCCGUGGAGCAGAUUAAAACCUAUGAAACCAAAAGUGGUCCUAGAGAUGUGCGUAGAACUGGACGUAGACGGAGACACUCUGAGAGUGCUCUCAAGCAUAAAGACAGUCGACUAGUAUGGAAUGAGUUAACACAGUACAAGUCGCUCUGUCAGCAAAUGGAACAUGACCUAGUUCUGCUUAAGGAGGAGAGAGACGUUUUACUGACAAAAUGCUCCCGGAACCAGACCACCAUCUUUGACUUGAGAGCCUGUCUGCAACACGAGAAAGAUGAUCUUGAGAGGAAGGUUGCAGCAAUUGCAAUGCUUGAAGGCUCUGUUGAGAGUUUCACUCUUCAAGAACAACAGGUUGAUGAGCUACAGCACUGUGUGGAUUGCCUGGAAACAGAAAAGAAGCAGCUUUUAACAAAAAACAUUGUUCUGGAGAAGCAGUGUGCUGUGUUCUAUCAGGAGAGGAUUGCUCUAGAAUCCACCAUUAUACAAAUGCAACACGAGCUCUCACGGAAGAACAUCAAAGGAUUGUGCAAAGCUACUAUGACUGAAGCAGCUCUACACUCCCCCUCAAUUGACUGCAAUCAGUCACCUACCAAAUACCAACCUUCUUCAAAAACUAAGCUUUCAUUCCCCACACACAGUCAAAAGUUAUACAACCCUCCCAUUCUCAAUCUAAGCCCCUGUUUACGGUAAUUUAUAUUAUGUAUUUUCGUCAGUGGAUAUGAAGUCAUCAAAUAAUGGGAUAAUGGGUAAUGAAGGACUCCCUCCCUCAUCGGGGUCGAGCUAGUAUUCUCAUCUGAAACAAGUAUGCAACUAACAGUGGCCUAAUAAACUCCUCCUGAAGAACUGGAAUUUCUAUUCCUUUCUUAACAGUUACAAGGUCUUCAAUAGUUCCUCCAAAUCCUUCUUCAUCAGUAAGAACAGAAAUAGCUGCUGCACCUCCAGAUUCAUAUUCCUUGGCAAGUGAGAGAGCAUUCAGAUUGACGUUAAUAUCUCCUUUAGAGGGUGACUUUCUCUUGAUCUCACCGAUCACAGAUAGUCCUGGUUUUUGGAGAGCUUUCAAGAAAGAAUUUGAGUUAGUUCUCUCUUGGUAUGGUACACAUAUCCCCUUUAUUUCUUCUUUCUUUUUAGAAACAAUUCUCAAGAAAAUUGUCCAUUUUCCCAUAGAUACUAUAUGUAAUUUAUAGUAUCUAUGAUUUUCCUACAGACAGCUAUUAUGCCAGGUGCGUAUGCUAUGGAGUCGUAAAUUAGUAUAUCUAGCUAGAUCUGUUGCGGUAUAGACUAGCAAGCCUUCACUGUUGCACGGCGAACAGUAGACUUGUCAAACUCCGUGUAGAGACUUGUGUUUGCACAGUACCGCACUUAUUCGAUUUAAAGCGACACUUUUACAAAGCCAGAUGUCGUUUCUUUUGGAGGUUGAAAAAUUAUGUUGAAGUCCUGGUGUCGCAUAUUUAGAGGGUCACAUCUAUAAACUGGAGGUUACUCGAUUAUAGGCCGCUUAAAUUACAUUGUUUUUUGCGGCCUAGAAAUCGAGGCUGAGGUUUGACCUCUAUUUAGGAUGCGACAUAAAAAAAUAAUUGUGAACGUCGCAGUCGCUACUUUUAGAGGUCAGAAAAUUGGGAAAGAUCGAGGGUGUCGCAUAUUUGGAGGGUCGCUUUAAAUUGAAUAAGUACAGUAAUCCAUAUAGCGGGAAAUUUUCACGUUUUCAAGGGCAGAGCAGUAACGCGAAAAUUAAAACCGAGAUAAACUCCUGCGCACUGGUAUUUCACAUGCAAAGCUAUUGGUGGGUGUGGUUUCCUGGCAUUGAACCGCGAAUAUUAGAACCCACGAAAAUGUUUGCUGAGGGCUCUGGAUCCAAAUAGCCAAAUAGCGAAAAUGUGCACCCCCUUUUCUUGCUUGAAUACCAGUGAUCAUUGUAGAUUAGAUCUGUGUAGUCUAGCUCAUUCUUAAUACUCAGCUUGCAACUUCCAAGGAAGUGGGUCUUAAAGCGGCACACAAUAUAAUUUAUAAUAAUUAUGCUUACAAUCAAUUUGCAUAGCAUGCGGAAUAGCAGACCAUCUAGUUUUAGACUUUUUUGAAGCUGAAGAGCAAGAUUACUUACAAGAAAAACAAAAACAAAAAUUAUACAAAAAGCAUAAGUCAAAUCCAUUGGUGGGAUGGUCUUGAUGGCGCGACCACGGGAGGACCGGGAGCCUCGAACACAUUGUAUAGCAGAUCUGAGCAGACUAUAUACUUAUUGAAUGUAUAGUACUUCAUGCAUUCUACUAUGUACCAUAAUUAUAGCAGAAAUGUUCGUGGGGGGUUCUAAUAUUCGCGUUUCAAUGCCAGGAACCACACCCACCAAUAGGUUUCCAUGUGAAAUACGAGUGCGUGGGAGUUUAAUCCCAGUUUUAAUUUUCGCGCUGUCUGCCCUCGAAAAACGCUAAAUUUUGCACCUCACAAAAAUUUCCGUAUGUCAUUAUAGUUGAUAUAGCAACCAUGACCAAAAAGCUACACUGAUUGGACUAUAAAACAGUUGACCUAAGUAUUUUCUUAAAUAUCAUUACGGUAUAAUUAUACAUAUUAUAAUUAUAUACAUUUUUACCGUAUCUUGU